ACUCUAAACCCUAAACCCUAUAGCUCCCAACCUCUGAAACCCAAAAAAAUCAAAAAAGCUCUAGCUCCGCGAAUUCUUCAGGGUGGGGUUACUGUUCGAAUGGCAGAUGUUGCUGGAAAUGUACUGCUGCUAACAAUGGAGGGUGCCGAUGCAACAAAAUUGUUCCAGAUAAUUUUGAAGUACAUGGGAGUUGAUUCAUCUGAUCGAGUUACUUCAGCAAAUAUAGAUGAACGGAUUGAGCUUGUUGGAAAAUUAUAUGAGCAUACUCUGAAAAGUUCAGAGCUCCGAGAUGAACUUUUUGUGCAGAUUUUAAAACAAACAAGAUGUAAUCCUGAUAGGCAAUACUUGCUCAAAGCAUGGGAGUUGAUGUAUUUGUGUGCUUAUUCCAUGCCUCCUAGUAAGGACAUUGGUGGAUAUCUAUUAGAGUAUGUUCAUAUUGUGGCCCAUGGUGUGGGUAUUGAUUCCGAGGUUCGAGUGCUUGCAUUAAAAACAUUAAAUGCUUUGAAGCAUGCUGUUAAGGCUGGUCCCAGGCAUACAAUACCAGCUCGAGAGGAGAUUGAGGCUCUUUUAACUGGUCGAAAACUUACAACUAUAGUAUUUUUCUUGGAUGAAACUUUUAAAGAAAUCACGUAUGACAUGGCAACCACUGUGGCUGAUGCUGUUGAGGAGCUUGCAUGGAUAAUUAAACUGUCAGCAUACUCUAGCUUUAGUCUGUUUGAAUGCCAUAAAGUUGUGACUGUCUCUAAAUCACCUGAUCCUGGGAAUGAGGAGUAUAUUGGGCUAGAUGAUAACAAAUACGUUGGCGAUCUGCUAGCAGAAUUCAAGGCAGCAAAGGAUCCAUCUGAAGCAGAAAAUUUGCACUGCAACCUGACAUUUAAAAAAAAGCUAUUUCAUGAAUCCGAUGAAGCUGUGACAGAUCCAAUGUUUGUGCAGUUGUCCUAUGUUCAAUUGCAACAUGAUUAUAUAUUGGGCAAUUAUCCUGUUGGAAGGGAUGAUGCUGCGCAGCUGUCUGCACUGCAGAUCUUGGUUGAGAUUGGAUUUGUUGAUAACCCUGAAUCCUGCACUGACUGGAAUUCACUUUUGGAACGAUUCCUUCCGAGACAAAAUGCUAUAAAACAAGCAAAGCGGGAAUGGGAAUUGGAUAUUCUUUCUUGUUACCGUUCUAUGGAACAUUUGACAAAAGACGAUGCGAGACAACAAUUUCUGCGGAUAUUGAGGACACUUCUCUAUGGGAAUUCAGUGUUUUUUAGUGUUCGCAAGAUUGAUGAUCCUAUUGGACUUUUGCCAGGACGAAUAAUUUUAGGCAUUAAUACGUGGGGGGUACAUUUUUUUCGUCCAGUUCCAAGGGAGUAUCUAUAUUCUGCCGAGUUACAAGACAUAAUGCAAUUUGAUAGGAGCAAUACUGUUCUUUCUUUUAAGAUGAAACUUGCAAAUGCUCCUCAUAUAUUUCAAUUUGAUACCAAGCAGGGAGAAGAAAUAUGUGUUGCUCUUCAGACACAUAUAAAUGAUGACAUGUUGCGACGCUACUCUAAAGCCCGCUCUUCUGCUAGCAGUUCGAUUAGUGGAGAUCUUCCUCCCAACGUGGGAGUGCGUAGGAAAUGUGUUCAGGACUUGGCUAAAGCUCCUAAAAAAUCUCGAAGGAAUGUUGAUCAAGUGGCACUGCUGGAGAAAAAAAGCAUGGAAGCAAGGUUGGCCCAGUUGGCGGAUCUUAUGAUAGAGAAGAAUACCAAAAAAGAUUUGAUUGGGGCUGAUACCCAGUUGUUACAAAAGCUCCAAGGUGAGUUAAAACUUCGUAGUGAGGAGUUGCAUGCAGCAGAAGAUACUAUGAAUAAGCUGGUUACUGAAAAAAUAUCAUUGGAAGAAAUGAUAUCUGGACUUGAAAAGAAGAAAGCUGAUGAGAUAGGUUUUCUUGAGAAAAAAUUUGAGCAAGAACGUAAAGCCUUAAAGUUUCAAGUACUUGAACUUAAAAAGAGGCUUGAAGGGGUUACACAAGAGUUGGCUGUUGUUGAGUCUACUAUUGCUGUCUGGAACUCUGAUUUGGCUUCAUUGCAAAAUAAUCUAAAGGAAUUUUCAGAUACAGAGACAGCCUCUUCUGUGAAGAAUGCCCGUGAUGGAAGAAGCAUUCCUAGUUAUCUUCUUCCUGAUGAUGUGGGACCAUGUACUACUAGGAUCACAUAUUCUGCACACACAGAUUUGAGCGUGAAAUUCCAGAGCCACCAGAGCAGGGACUACACUGAUGCUGACCUUCCUAUUGCUCCAUCAGCCAUUGACGGAAGUGGUCAGUCAACGGUGGCGUUGGAUGGGAAAAAACUAGAACCAGAGAGCGAUGUUCUUCUUGCAUCUAUUGAAAACAUGCAGAAUGCUGGCACCUUGGACGUUUUACACAUGGAUGCUCUUGUUAGCGCAGAAGUUUCACCACCAAUCGGUGCAAGAAUACAAGCGUCAAGUUCUGAAAUGAAGGACUCCCUUGUUCAAGAAUAUCUUAAGGUUCUAAAUACCGCUAACAAGGAGGGUUUGAAAAGACUCAAGGGAAUUGGAGAGAAGAGGGCUACUUAUAUUCUUGAACUUCGUGACGAAAAGCCCGAACCAUUUAAGAGUCUUGAUGAUCUGAAAGAGAUUGGACUUUCAGAAAAGCAGAUACAGGGAUUAAUGAUAAAGGUUGCUGCAGAGCUCUUUAGAUAGAUUAUAUGUAGUUUAAUUUCUAGUUUAAUUUCUGAUAUGUAAAUAUUUUGUAGUCUGCCUACGGUUAGGACACUGGGACCACUAAUCAUGUUAACCAAAUGUCAA